UGUGGUUGGAAGAGAUUCUGAAAAUGGCCGAGGGAAAACCAAAUAUAAGAUACUCGCAAAUCACUCAAACACUCGACAAAAUGUUCAAUGAGCUGACAACAGUCACGCCACUUGAAAAUAAGCAACAGAUUCAUGGCUUGUGGAUGUCACUUUAUAAGGAAAAUCUUAUUCCGAUGGGACCAUCAACAAUAACAAAUUCUCUGGAUGCAUUAUGUAGCAUAAAGAAGAAUAUGGUCAAAAAUGUGAAAGCCCGCAGUACAAUUAUGACGUGGUUAUAUGUCGUAAGAAGGCAAUAUAUUCAACAUUUUAUCUUCCAAGAAAAUAAAAAUGGAUUGCAAGUUCUUAUUGGAUACAAACCGGAAGAUGGAAUCUUUGACGAUGGGCCUGCAAGAGAAUGGCUGGGUAAGUUAUCACUGGAAAUACUAGAUGGAUGGAGGUCGGACACUGCAAGACAGCAACGUGGACCAAACUCGUUAUUCAUUGCUCUUCAUACCGCGUUACAAAGACAGAUCGAAAAAGUAGAAAGAAAGACUUUGGAUAAAACAUUAACAUCUUGGGAAUCCCUUAAAGAAACCCUAAAAAUAUCCAUUGCUAAUGCCAAGAACACGAAGAUACUGCGCGAGUUUUCCAAAACGAUGGAAUGGAAAGAUAUGACCAUAAAUGAACCAGCUGCAUUUUCCUGGCUUCCGUUUUACAUUAUGUUUACAGCAGACGCAUUCUCUGUAAACGUUAAUGUUUUAUAUUAUCCGUCAGAAGAGGAAGUAAUAUUUUAUCCCACAAAGCCCACGGAGAGAGCAAUAAGAAUUGGUUUAAUCAACAAACAGCACUUUGUCUGCAUUAUUCCGAAAGAUGAAGAGAAAAAACAUGUUGAGAAGGUUAAGAGCUUGGAACUUUCGAUCAAAGAUUUAAAGACACGCAUUCAAAUCAAAAACAACCAAAUAAAUGAACUGAAGGAAAAAGAUAAGGAAAAUAAAAAAGAAAUAUCUAGACUCGCAGCUGAAAGAGGAAAACUCGAAAAGGAACUAGAAGAAAAGGAAAAAGAAAAGGCAGACUUGAUUAAACAAGCAGCUGAAGAAAUGGAAACAACUUGUCAGAAACUUACAGAGCAAUUAACAGCAAAAUUCGUUCAGGAGUUCGCAUCAAAGAUUGCAGGUUUCACAGAAAAAUGAAUCUGAAAAAGUCACAUUUUAAUCAUUAAUGUUUUAUAUUAAAUGAAAAUUUCCCUGUUUAAAUUGUUUUCAAUGUAGUAAAUAUACACGGUACAUUAUUAACAAUCGACUUCCAAAACUAGGCAAUAA